AUGGGUCUCUUCGGAAAGGACACCAAGACCACUCCCAAGGAGCAGGUGAGGGAGUGGACGUCGAAACUUCGAAAACAGCAGAUGCUGAUAGACCGCCAGAUCCGAGCCAUUCAACGCGAGGAAGACAAAGUAAAGAUGGAGUUGAAGAAAAACGCCAAAUCUGGCAAUCGUGACGUUUGUCUAGUCUUUGCAAAGGAGAUUGUCAACUCUCGAAAAGCGGUCAACCGAAUGCACACAUCCAAGGCCCACCUAAACUCGAUCAUGAUGAACAUGAAUCAGCAGCUGGCUACUCUGAGAAUAUCAAACUCGCUUGAGAAAUCAACUGACGUCAUGCGCUCCAUGCAAAACCUUGUCAAGGUGGCGGAGGUCUCUCAGGUGAUGCAAGAAAUGUCGCGAGAAAUGAUGAAAGCCGGCAUCAUCGACGAGAUGCUCGAGGAGACCCUGGAAGACACCCUCGGCGGGGAAGAGCUCGAGGAGGAGGCCAACGCUGAGGUGGACAAGGUCCUCUUUGAGAUAACCGACGGACAGCUCGGCACGGCACCUUCUGUCGUCUCCGACUCGUUGCCGAGCAUUUCAGUGAAGGAGAAAAAGACACCGGCAGCGCCCGCCAAGGUGGCCGCUGAAGAGGACGAGGAUGAUAUCAGCGAGAUGCGGCAACGACUGGAGGCUCUGCGAAACUGA